GAGCAGCCAAUCAGUGUCACUGGGGUUCCGGGUUCUAAAGUCCCCGCGGAGCUGACGGGACUCAGGUUCUGCCCAGAUUGAGAGGCUGGGGUGAUGGCGCCCCGGUUCGUCCUGCUGCUGCUGUCGGGGGCCCUGGCGCUGACCGGGACCUGGGCGGGCCCCCACUCCCUGCUGUAUUUCCAAACCUCCGUGUCCCGGCCCGGCCGCGGGGAGCCCCGCUACAUCGAGGUCGGCUACGUGGACGACACACCGUUCGUGGGGUUCGACAGCGACGCCGCGAACCCCAGGAUGGAGCCGCGGGCGCUGUGGAUGGAGCAGGAGCCGGGCGAGUACUGGGAGGGGCAGACGCGGAUCUGCAAGAGCAGCGCACAGGUUAACAGAGAGAACCUGAAGACUGCGCUCCGCUACUACAACCAGAGCGGGGACGCUCCUCACACCAUGCAGAGAAUGUCCGGCUGCGAAGUGGGUCCAGACGGUCAUCUCCUCCGCGGGUACUAUCAGCUCGCCUACGACGGCAAGGACUACAUCGCCCUGAACGAGGACCGGAGCUCCUGGACCGCGGAGGACAUGGCGGCUCAGAUCACCAAGCGCAAGUGGGAGAGGACCGGGGUGACUGAGCAAUGGAGGGCCUACAUGGACACGUGCGUGGAGUGGCUGCGCAGAUACCUGGGACACGGCAAGGAGACACUGCUGCGCACAGAUCCCCCAAAGGUACGUGUGACCCACCACCCGACCUCUGACCAUGAGGUCACCCUGAGGUGCUGGGCCCUGGGCUUCUACCCUGCGGAGAUCACCCUGACCUGGCAGCGGGAUGGAGAGGACCAGAUCCAGGAAAUGGAGCUUGUGGACACCAGGCCUGCAGGAGAUGGAACCUUCCAGAAGUGGGCAGCUAUCAGGGUGUCUUCUGGAGAGGAGCAGAGAUACACCUGCCAAGUGUGGCAUGAGGGGCUGCCUGAGCCCCUCACCCUGACAUGGGAGCCUCCUGCUCAGCCUGCCAUUUCCAUCAUCGUACUUGUCAUCGGCCUGGCAGUUCUGGUUAUUCUAGCUGCUGUGGUGGGUUUUAUGCUGUGGAGGAAGAGGAAUGCAGGUGAGAAAAGAGAAGGCUAUGACAAGGCUGCAAGAGACAACAGUGACCAGGGCUCUGAUGCUUCCCUCAGAGCAGAAAAAGUGUGAACAGCUGCUUUGUGUGGCACUGAGAGGAAUAACAUUUGUUCCUGCCUCUCCUCCUCCUUCUUGGACACCUUGAGCUCCUGACUUCUCUUUCUGCAUGUGAAUUCUCUCCAUGUCCCUGAAUCUGUGUCCUGUCAGCAUCCUGUGAGGAAAUGAGGAGGCCAGCCCAGCCCUGAGCACCAACCCUCCCCACACUGGGCUGGGUGUCUUUCUCCAUCCACCUGCUGCCCCAGCAGAGGAGGAGCCAGGGCGUCCCCAUCCCUGACUGCACUGCAGGUUGCUGCAGCUCCUUCAUUCUCUAUUCAUAAGAGAAUGUGGAUGUGGACUUGUUUCUGAAAUUAUUGCCAUGAUAUAAGCCUGAAUAGCUAAUAAGUCAAAAUGUGAUUCCUGAAAGUUUAGAUAAAGAAAUAAAACUUGACGGUAUUCCAGAA